AUGGAAAAUGGCGUCCAAGAUACGCUGGAGGAGUUGGUGGAGAGUAAGGACGAAAGACAAACGUAUUCGUUGUGGGCCAUCCCAACGGAUGAUGUGUCUUGUAGGAUCAAGAAGCUGAUGGAGGGCCUUCGGGCCGAGUUUGGUGGACCCAAGAUCGAGCCCCACAUUACCCUUACGGGGUCCAUCCGUAUGUCGCCCGAUGACGUGCUCAACAAGUUUGAAGCCUUAGAGGAUCCUAUCCAAGGGUACGUUCCUAAAGUUGAAGCUGUGAUUACCAGGAGGUCCUAUUACCAGUGUGUUUGCAUCCUCUUUCAGCAACCCUAUUUCAAGAAGAUGUAUGAGAUAUUAGAUUACUGCUGCAGACAUUUCGACAUGUUCUGUCAUGAUUUGCCGCACUUGGCCCUCCUUUAUGGAAAUCUGACAGAAGAAGAGAGGAAAAGAGCUCAAGAGAAAGUGAGUAUUCUGGAUGAGAGCAUUACUGACUUGAGCUUCCCAAUAGCUAGCGUUGCAUUAUACAAAACCAACUACCAAGAUAAAACUCUCAAAUCUUGGGAAAAGAUUGCACAAAAAAUCCUACGACCGAGAUAA